AUGAUAUCUAGGUUUGGACGUAUACCAAUUAGAUUGGUAAGUAUCCAGAAAUAUCGAUAUUCAACUAAGACUCAGUCUCUAUCUAAUUUGUACAAUCAGUUAUCUCAAAAUGCCCAAAUAGAUAAACCUAAACUCACAGUAAUUAAUGACAUCUUAAAAAAUUCACGAAUUGAAUUUGAACAAAACCAAAACCAGGAGGAUAUAGACUCUAUUCAUAAUUUACUCAAGCUUGUUAAGUCGCAUGAAGGAUUGGAAAAUAUUGAGAAAUCUGAUAUAAUUAAUAACUUACUUUCAUAUGGUCUCAGGCAUGAUUUUUCGUUGUAUCAUACAGCUAAGAAAUUCGAUAACCAUAAAUGGUCUCCGGAUGCAUUGAUUAGUUUAAUUGACUCAAACCCGGGUAGAGUAGACCAGUCUUGGGAUUUGUAUUUAAGACACGGAAAAGAUAUCGAAAAUGAUAUGUUAUAUUCAAAGAUUUUAGAGAAAUUAUUAUUAGGCGAAAAAAUUGAAAUCAGCGAUAAUGAGUUUGAAAUUGAUAUUGGCAAGCUAGCAAAAUCAUUAGCACUUGUUGAUAAACUAAGUUUUCCAGAAGAUAAUGCCCAGAUUGAGAAUUUAAUAAAGGGUUUGAUUCACCUGAAAGUGCUUUCAGGGCUUUCAUUGAGCCGCUUAAACAACGAAUUUAUUGAAGGUAAGUUAAUGCAAAUGGACUUAGAUAAAUUAUCGUUCCUUAAGCUAUUCAGUAUGGUAUUCCACAGAAGCCCUGGUAUAUUACAGAAGGAAGCUUUAUGUAAAGCUCUUACGAUCUCACAUCAACUUGACGAAAAGUUGGUCAAUGAAGAUAAUAAAAUCGAAGAGAAGAACUUUCAAAUGUUGCGUGAUGAGCAUGCUGAAAUUUCGCAACUGAAUGAAGUAGAAUAUAGCUCGUUUGGUAAUGACUCGAUAAUUCAGUUACGUAAAGAUUUACUUUCGUAUAUUGAGGAAAAUAGAUUGGAUAUGGAUAAGACCCCAGAAUCGAUUCUUAUCAGAUUGAAAUUAAUUGAGACUUACGGUAUGGAUACUAAUGAUAUUAAGUUGGCAUUGGCAAAAUACCACACAUACCAAACCCAUGAGAAAUUUGGUAUUGAAUUUAUCCAACAUAAACUAAUUCAAUCAUUUUGUUUCCAAGCUAUAAAAGAGAGCAACGAGCAUUAUUUAAAAAUAGCAGAAACAUUACUUACUGUUGAAAACAUUCCAAUCAAAGUAUUACAAUGUUACAUAAUGGCCAAUUCCGAGUUUAACAUCGAUAAAUCUCUAGAAGUCUACAACGAUUAUAUUCAAAAUGUUUCUAGAUCUGUUAAUGAACAUAGUGGAAGAUCUCCAUCUGGUCUAUUGACUGAGUCAUUAAUGUUAUGUAAUUUGUAUCAUAACGAUAGAGAAUUCGCUUAUUUACUAUUUGAUAAAGCGGUUGCGAAUGGCAUAUUGUCUGAUGAACUUGAAAUAGCCACAGUUAAGAAAUUAUUCAAGGUUUACGGUGACUCAUUUGUUGAAGACAAUUGGGAUGCUGCAAAGCCUAUCUUGAAAAGGUACAUCUUAGACUCUAUUAGGUCCUUGUAA